CUCUUCCGGAAAUAAUAAAGAAGUAUCAUGUGACAGGAAAACAAAGUUGUCUAUCAUUUUAAUUUUUGUAUUGAUUAACUUAACAUUUUAGAUCAUGGAGUAUCAAGACGUAUCUUUUAACAUUGACCAUGGUUACCUUGAGGGUAUGGUCAGAGGUUUCAAAUCUGGUAUCUUAAAACAAGGCGACUAUUUAAAUCUUGUCCAGUGUGAAACGUUGGAGGAUCUAAAGCUGCAUCUACAGAGUACAGACUAUGGAAACUUUCUGGCCAAUGAACCUAGUCCUCUGUCAGUGUCAACAAUUGAUGAUAAGUUGAAAGAGAAAAUGGUGAUUGAGUUUAACCAUAUGAGGAACCAUUGUUUUGAACCAUUGGCAACAUUCCUUGAUUAUAUCAC